AUGGAUACAAAUGUCUAAAAUGGAGUACUUUGAAUGUUGAAAUUGAGAUAAAGGAAUUACUGAUUAAAAACACAGAACAAUCACUCCUUUUCUCCUAUAAAUACCAUCUAAGUUUUCAUUAUCAUACACCUCAAAACAUUCUCAAGCAACUUAUAUAAGUUUUUCCACAUUCAUAUUUUUUUCUUUUUUUUUUGGUUAAUUAAAUAUCUCUAAGGCAAAAAUAUUAUGGGUGUCACUACCUAUAACCAUGAGGUCACAACAUCAGUUGCCCCUACUAGGUUAUUCAAAGCUAUUGUUCUUGAUUCUGAAAACCUUGUCCCAAAAUUGAUGCCACAAGUUGUUAAGAACAUUGAGAUUGUUGAGGGUAAUGGUGGUGCUGGAAGCAUCAAGAAGAUGAAUUUUGUUGAAGGUUCUCCUAUCAAGUACUUGAAGCACAAGAUCCAUGUUAUUGACGACAAGAACUUGGUGACCAAAUAUUCACUGAUCGAAGGAGAUGUUUUAGGUGACAAACUGGAGUUCGUUACUUAUGAGAUCAAAUUCGAAGCAUCUGGAAAUGGAGGGUGUAUUUGCAAGACAUCAACUGAGUACCACACAAAGGGUGAUUAUGUAUUUAAAGAAGAAGAACACAAUGAAGGCAAAAAUCAAGCCAUGGAACUUUUCAAGACUGUUGAAGAUUACCUCCUCGCAAAUCCUUCGGUUUAUGUUUGAACGAUAAAAUAGAAUCAGGUCCGCACGAUGAGAGAUGAAGACGUGUCGAGAUAUAAUAAUAAAUUAAAAUGUGCACUUUAAAGUUUAAGCUUUAGAUGAUCAGUCACUCUUAAGUGAUUAUGGAGUUGGAUCAAACUCUUCUAAGAGUUCCUAAGGGCUUGAAUUUUCAUUGUUAAAAUGUUUUGUUGAGUGUGUGUUCCUUCCAAUAUUACUGUUUGCUCAAAAGUUA